CUGUUUCAGGCAAUAUUUAUGGUGUUGUUUGGUUUAUUCGCGAAAUAUGACGCGAAUGCAAUGCCCAAUGGUUCUGAAGACUCCGACUACAUGGCAUCAAAAUAUCCAAUGUUCCAAGACACACAUGUGAUGAUCUUCGUCGGCUUCGGAUUUCUAAUGACAUUUCUGAAGCGCUAUGGCUACUCAGCCGUGUCUGUGAAUUUGCUGUUAGGCUGCUUCACCAUCGAAUGGAGUAUCAUCACGAACGGUUUUUUGAGCAAAGAGUUUGACCGUGACGGAAAAUUCGCCAUCGGCCUCGAUCAGCUUCUCAGUGCUGACUUCGCGGCGGCCACUGUGCUGAUUUCAAUGGGAGCGAUGCUUGGGAAACUUACACCUGUACAGUAUCUCGUCAUGUCGUUAAUUGAGACGCCUGUUGCACUUGUCAUUGAGCAUCAUGUCAUUAACACAUUUCAUGUGAACGACGUCGGUGAUUCCAUUGUCGUUCAUGCAUUCGGCGCUUACUUUGGUCUAGCUUGUUCGAAGGGAUUUGCUAGCAAGAAACAACGAGCCCACGAAAACGAAGGAUCUGUUUAUCACUCGGACAUAUUUGCAAUGAUUGGGACAAUUUUUCUAUGGGUGUUUUGGCCUUCCUUCAACUCUGCCACGGCGGAGCCUACCGACGCUCGCCAGCGAGCCGUGUGCAACACGUUGCUCUCUCUCUGUGCUUGCACUAUCGUCACAUUCCUUGUUUCACAAGCUACUGACCGUCAUAAAAAAUUUGACAUGGUACAUAUCGCGAACUCGACAUUGGCGGGUGGAGUCGCCAUUGGUACGAUCGCCAAUGUUGUGCUGCACCCACUGCACGCCCUCAUCGUUGGUGUGAUCGCCGGUUUUCUAUCAGUCCUCGGAUUCAAAUACAUCACGCCUUUCCUUAGUAGUAGAGUUGAAAUCCACGACACUUGCGGAGUGAAUAAUCUACAUGGUAUGCCAGGUGUGUUGGCUGGCUUGCUCUCUGCGAUCUUUGUGAUCAUCUACAAUCCAGCCAACUACGGUAAAAGUUUAAAUUUCAUUUAUCCGGCUAUGCAAAGUCGCUCGAAUACUGAAGGCAUUUCGGCGGAGUCACAAGCUGUCAAUCAGCUUAUCGGCCUGGGUAUGGUGCUGGUUAGCUCGAUCAUUUCCGGAUUGUUCACAGGAGUCAUACUAAGACUGAAGAUCUUUAACCAGGUGCAUGAGAAAGUAAUGUACGCUGAUGAUGACUAUUUCGAUGCUCCGGCCGACUACGAGUUCACUACUCAGGUAAGAAAUUUUGCGAACCUAAAAUUUCCUAAAAUUAUAUCAAUACUGUUAAUUUCAUACUCCUAA